ACCCUGCCCAUCGUACCAUUAGGGUUUCAGAAGUCUCGCAAACUAUAAAACUGAUCAUUCGGCCAAGGCAUUGAGCUAGGUUUUCUUGUUUGUGAGAAAAGAGCGAGCGAAAUAGAGAUGGGGCAUUCUAAUGUAUGGAACUCUCAUCCCAAAACUUACGGGCCUGGCUCUCGGACAUGCCGUGUUUGUGGCAACUCCCAUGGUUUGAUUCGGAAGUAUGGACUUAUGUGUUGCAGGCAAUGUUUCCGUAACAAUGCUAAAGAAAUUGGCUUUAUCAAGUACCGGUAAUUGUUAUGGAUUGAAAGUAUGAAAGCUGGUCUUCUAAGAAGAGCUAUGUAGGCCUGUAACCUGUUGAUGGCAUUUCAUUUUCUACUAUGGCAAUUCUGAAUUAUGUUCACAUUAGACUGAACCUAGUAAUGUGGUAUUUAUUUUAAAACUUAAUUUUAUUACUGAAUGUGUCUGCUUCAUGACUUUAUAGUUGUGGAAUGUCUCAAAUUGCUUUCUUUA